GUAAUAAUAAAUUGAAAAUGAGGAAAGUCUGCAAUUGAUUUACCUGUCAAAUAUCUAUCUAUUUCGAGAUACAGUUUUUUCCGUGUUUUAGUGAAUUUCCAAUUUUGUGCGAUUCGAACGAACUUAUUUUAAAAUUUGUAUGGACAAAUAGUGUAUUUUGACUGUACUAUGGUUUUAUGUCAGGAGACACCUUCAAACUCAAUGUAUCAGACAAGAACAUCACCCCCAGCUAACUACAAUUUUGGACAUUUUCCAGGAUACGUUGGACAAAAUGGACAUUAUGCUAGUCAACCCCAUGGGUUUGAACAGUUUAACAUUGACCCAUCAUCGGCCUUCCAACAAGCACAGUGUUAUCCAAUGUAUGGCCCUGGUGUGUCGCGCCCAGAAGAAUGGAAUGGUACGGGAAAUAUGAACUAUUCGGCAAUGAACAAUGCAUCUGGUUCUGUCAGUCCGCAUUCCAUGAACGCUAUGUAUCAAUACAGAAAUGAUUAUGUCCAGACCCACUGCGGCAAUGGAAACAUGAAUAAUAUGUCUACGUCACCACAGCCAACGGGGUCCCCUACUACAUCAACUGGGUCCAGUGGGAGCAACGGUUCACCUUCCAACAAACAGAUUAGACCCCCGUAUGAUUGGAUGAAGAAAACCUCGUAUGUUCCAACGGGUCCACAACCAGGAAAGACCAGAACCAAAGACAAAUAUCGUGUUGUAUACAGCGACCAUCAACGUUUGGAACUGGAGAAAGAAUUCCAUUACAGUCGUUAUAUAACAAUUCGUCGAAAGGCCGAACUCGCUCAGAACUUAGGCUUGUCAGAGAGACAAGUUAAAAUAUGGUUUCAAAAUCGCAGAGCUAAAGAGCGGAAGCAGAAUAAAAAACGAGGUGACGAUAUUAAAAUAGAAGAAUAUCACAAUGAGACUUCCGGUCAUAUUCCAAACAUGCAACACCAAGUACACAGCUCACAGACACCUACAAUGCAGCAGGUUACAAUAAAACAAGACCCUAUUGACGAUUAUCCCGUUCCUCACGUGACGAUGCAAAUUCCAAUGUCCGAUCCCUCUGAUAAUCACGCAUCAACAUCGCCAAUCCAGACUCCUCAUCACAUGACAAGCUCAGUAUCGGACACUAUGUCAAACAUUAAAGUAGACACCGGGGAACCUCCGAAUGUUAUUCAGUCAUAGAAAUAUUGCAUCUAUAUUUAUUGAACUUUGCUAAAAUUCGAGCUCAGCUUCCAACAUCUUGCCAGAUUAUUUUUUUUUAAACAAAGAUGGUUUAAUGUGCAGAGUUUGGGUUAUGUAACCAUGACAAUACUGAGAUUAAUUAGAAAUAUGAAGGAGACCCAUUUAUAUGGAUAAAAGUAGAAACAUUGUUAUGUUUUGUAAAUAAUAUUCUAUAUUAAACAAUUAAUGUUAAAUUCAAUUCAAUAUUGAGAUGGACAAUAAUAAUAAAAAAAAAAUAC